CAGAAAAAGAGGCAAUCAAAGGCAUGUAUUCCAAAGUAAUGGAUGCAUAUGGACUCUUAGGUGUAUUACGACUGAACCUUGGUGAUACAAUGGCACAGUAUCUGGUUCUAGUCACAGGAUGCAUGUCUGUUGGAAAAAUUCAAGAAUCUGAAGUUUUUAGAGUUAUUUCCACUGAGUUUAUAUCCUUAAGAAUUGAUUCUUCAGAUGAAGAUCGCAUUUCAGAAGUUCGCAAAAUUUUGAAUUCAGGAAACUUUUAUUUUGCAUGGUCUGCAACUGGAUCCAGUUUAGAUUUGAGUCUUAAUGCCCAUCGUAGCAUUCAAGACCGCACAACUGAUGACAGAUUUUUCUGGAAUCAAUCACUACACUUACAUCUCAAGCACUAUGGUGUGAAUUGUGAUGACUGGUUAUUACGCCUUAUGUGUGGAGGAGUUGAAAUUAGAACAAUUUAUGCUGCUCACAAACAGGCAAAAGCUUGCCUUAUUUCACGUCUGAGUUGUGAACGAGCCGGGACCAGGUUUAAUGUCCGGGGAACAAAUGAUGAUGGUCAUGUUGCUAAUUUUGUAGAAACAGAACAGGUUAUAUUUUUAGAUGAUGCUGUAUCUUCCUUCAUACAAAUCCGUGGAUCUGUACCAUUGUUUUGGGAGCAACCUGGUUUGCAAGUGGGAUCUCAUCGUGUUCGAAUGUCAAGGGGAUUUGAAGCCAAUGCACCUGCUUUUGACAGGCAUUUUAGAACACUUAAAAAUUUAUAUGGCAAACAAAUCAUUGUAAAUUUACUUGGGACUAAGGAAGGUGAGGAUAUGCUAAGUAAAACAUUCCAGAGUCACUUGAAAGCUUCUGAACAUGCUGUUGAUAUCCAAAUGAUCAAUUUUGACUAUCAUCAAAUGGUUAAAGGAGGAAAAGUAGAGAAAUUACAUAGUGUACUUAAGCCUCAAGUCCAAAAAUUCUUAGACUCUGGGUUUUUUUAUUUCAAUGGAAUUGAAGUUCAAAGAUCUCAGAAUGGUACUAUUCGAACAAACUGCUUGGAUUGUCUGGAUAGGACAAACAGUGUGCAAGCUUUCUUUGGCUUAGAGAUGCUAGCCAAACAACUGGAAGCUUUGGGGUUAGCUGAAAAGCCUCAGUUGGUGACUCGUUUCCAAGAAGUUUUCCGGUCAAUGUGGUCUGUGAAUGGUGACUCAAUCAGCAAAAUUUACGCAGGCACUGGAGCUUUGGAAGGCAAGGCUAAGUCUGGAAAGUUAAAAGAUGGUGCUCGUUCUGUAACCAGAACAAUUCAGAAUAACUUCUUUGACAGCUCCAAGCAAGAAGCCAUUGAUAUUUUGCUGCUGGGGAGUACUUUAAAUAGUGACUUGGCAGAUAAAGCCCGAGCGCUACUAACUACUGGAGGCUUACGAGCCUCUUCAAAGGUACUAAAGAGUAUGUGUGAAAACUUCUAUAAAUAUUCAAAGCCAAAAAAAAUUCGAGUGUGUACUGGAACCUGGAAUGUGAAUGGUGGGAAACAAUUUCGAAGCAUUGCAUUUAAGAAUCAGACACUUACUGACUGGCUACUAGAUGCCCCAAAGUUAGCUGGUAUCCAAGAAUUUCAAGAUCGAAGAAAUAAGCCUACUGACAUAUUUGCAAUUGGUUUUGAAGAAAUGGUAGAAUUAAGUGCUGGAAACAUUGUGAGUGCAAGUACAACUAAUCAGAAAUUGUGGGCUGUUGAACUGCAGAAGACUAUCUCCAGAGAUAAAAAAUAUGUGUUGCUGGCUUCUGAGCAAUUAGUAGGCGUCUGUCUCUUCGUUUUUAUCAGACCGCAGCAUGCUCCUUUUAUCAGGGAUGUUGGAGUUGAUACUGUGAAGACUGGAAUGGGAGGUGCCACUGGAAAUAAAGGAGCGGUUGCAAUACGGAUGUUAUUCCACACAACAAGCCUUUGCUUUGUCUGCAGUCACUUUGCUGCAGGGCAAUCACAAGUCAAAGAAAGGAAUGAUGAUUUUAUAGAAAUAGCCCGAAAACUGAGCUUUCCUAUGGGGAGGAUGUUGUUUUCACAUGACUAUAUAUUUUGGUGUGGUGAUUUUAAUUAUCGAAUAGAUCUACCAAAUGAAGAAGUUAAAGAACUAAUAAGGCAUCAGAACUGGGAUUCGCUUAUAGCAGGAGAUCAACUUAUCAAUCAGAAAAAUUCCGGACAGAUCUUUAGAGGAUUUUUAGAAGGAAAAAUAACUUUUGCUCCUACAUACAAGUAUGAUUUGUUUUCUGAUGACUACGAUACCAGUGAAAAAUGUCGUACCCCGGCCUGGACAGAUCGCAUUCUUUGGAGAAGAAGAAAAUGGCCUUUUGAUAGAUCAGCUGAAGAUUUGGAUCUUCUGAAUGCUAGUUUUCAAGAUGAAAGCAAAGUGUUUUACACUUGGAAUCCUGGUACUUUGCUACACUAUGGAAGAGCUGAGCUGAAGACUUCUGAUCACAGACCUGUUGUUGCACUGAUCGAUAUAGAUAUAUUUGAAGUGGAUGCCGAAGCACGACAAAAUAUUUAUAAAGAAGUCAUUGCAACCCAAGGGCCGCCAGAUGGCACAGUGUUGGUCUCUAUCAAAAGCUCAUUACCAGAAAAUAAUUUUUUUGAUGAUAUCUUGAUUGAUGAGCUUCUCCAGCAAUUUGCAAACUAUGGUGAAGUUAUCCUCAUAAGGUUUGUAGAAGACAAAAUGUGGGUAACAUUUUUGGAAGGAAGUUCUGCCCUGAGCGUUUUGAGCCUAAAUGGUAAAGAGUUUUUAGAUCGAAUCAUAACUAUUACCUUAAAAAGCCCAAACUGGAUUGCUGAUUUGGAAAAAGAAAUGAAUUUGGAGAAAAUUAGUAUUAUAUUGCCACCAUCAACAAGUUCAACUUUGCUUGGUGAAGAUGCAGAAGUUGCUGAAGAUUUUGUCAUGGAAGGGGACAUUGAUGACUACAGUGCAGAAGUAGAAGAAAUUCUUCCUCAGCAUCUCCAACCAGCUUCAGGCUCCAGUCUUGGAACUUCCCCAAGCUGUUCCCCUCGGUCCAGUCCCUGCCAGUCCCCUACGAUAGCUGAUGGUCCUCCCCCUCCCCUUCCUGCCAGACCAAGCCGAGGACCAUCAAGAGCUCCUGGACCUCCUGUUCCUCCUGUUCCUUCACAGUAUUCUCCUGUUGACACUCAACCAGUAAUAUCACAGAAAGAGCCUUCCCAGAGCUUGGAGCCUAAACGCCCUCCUCCUCCUCGUCCAGUUGCCCCCCCCACACGUCCAGCUCCACCCCAAAGACCGCCCCCUCCUUCAGGUCUCGGAGGCCCUCCCAGCCCUGGGGUAGCUAGGAAGGAGAUGGAAGGACGUAAUCAGCCCUCACCUCAAGGAGGAUUAACAAGCCCAGGAAUUGUUGGACACAGUGCAGCAAAGCCGACUAUCCCACCACGUGCUGGAGUUAUUAGUGCACCACAAAGCUUUGCCCGUGUCUCUUCUGGGAAGAUGACUGCUGAAGUCCAAAGUAAAUCAUCUGAAUUACCAAAAGGUUCAGCUGUACUCCCUGAACCACUAAAGCCUCAGACGGUCACCCCUGCCCUGCCCUCUUUUACUACGCCUGUUCAGAAAAUGCAGGAGCCUCUUGUUCCUACACCAUCACCUCUGCCUCAGCCCACUUCCCAACACAUUCUUGAAGCCCCCCCACAGCCGCCACCACGUAGCAGGUCAUCCCACACUUUGCCCUCAGAAGCUUCACCUUUGCAGCAGCAGCAAAUAAAAACAGAUGAAGAGUAUGAUAUUAAGUAUGGAACUCAAUUAAGCAAUGACUUUUCAUUUAAUCUGUUUGCUCCAUUAAAGUCUCAGAUGUCUCUACAAACAUCACCAGUUCUACCUUUAAACCAAAAGGAGUUGAUUAAGUUGCCUUCCACAUCACAAAGCUUCGCUUAUGUCUUGAAUAAUGAAAGUUUCUUCCCAAGAAUGCCACCUAUCCCAGCUCGGAGCAAAUCCCAGGAAAAUAUAAAAAGUUCCUCAAACCCGUUUGUUGCUAGCUUAAACAUGACAAAUCCUUUUACUGACAGAACUCGUCCUCUUGGAAAUCCAUUUAGAACUGACCCUCAAGAAUCCGAAGUAAUUUCAUGGCUCCCAAAAGAGGAACCUGUUAGCAGUCCUUCCCUCUCUUCACAUCUUCUCAGUCGUAAUGUAAGCAAGGCUUCAUUUCUUAAGGAGGGAUUUGAGGACAGUUUUGCUUUGCAGAGCACAUCUUCAGCAGUGAAAAGCAUCAAACCAAAAGACUGGGUAACUUUUGAGGAGGAUGAUUUCAGCGUAAAACAGAAAGCACCAGACAAUGCAGCAGAGUUGAAUAGAGUCAGUUCUGAGAAAUCAGCUGGUUGUCCAGACUUACUAGACACUCAAUCAACUUCAUUUUCUGACUCAGACUUUUCCUUGGACUGGAAUAAAAAUUCAGCUGUUUCUUUCUGUAUGUUGCCAUCAAGAAGACCACCUGAGCCUCCUGCCCCAGUAGUAACACCUAGCCCUGCAACUCCUGUAGAUCCUUUCACUCCUUUGGCAUCUAAGACUUCAUCAGCAGUAGAUUUUACAGAAAGAUAAUGUUAUGAGAUGAAAGGUCUUUUUGGCAAGAUACAUCCCAAAAAAUGGGCAUUAAAGUUAUACUAUGUGCAAUAAUUAUGUGCACUGAUAUCUUCAUGAAAUACCACUAUUUAAUGUGUACAAGUUUGAGUAUGUAUAUUUUGGGAAUACACAAAGAUAAUUCUCAUCAUAAAGUUGAGUUUGAAUGUGUUUAUUGCGAUAGGUAGCCAAAAUAAUUAGUUAUUAAUCCCAAUUUAAAAGUGCUUAAAGCUACUUUUAGGAAUACUACUUAUUCUUGAAAUUAUCUCUUAUUCUUCCCCACUAAAGAAUAUGAAAAAAGUGAUAAUUUUUACCUGACAUAAUCAUCAGUCCCUUCAUACAGAUUAGCAUCUGGUAUUUAUGAAUAUUUACCAAAGAACUGCCAAAAUUAUACUGAAAAACAUUUGACAGGUAUUACUUUUUUUAAUCAUAUAACAAAUUAUUUACAUUAUUUGUUAAACUCAUUUUAUUUAUAUGGUAUAGAUUCAAGUCAGAUUUUAAUUACCUUCAGUGCCCUCUUGUAAGUGUCUUGUUACCAAUGAAGAAGAUUGUAACUAUAACUGAGACACUUCAUAUUUCAUUUCAGUUAUGUGGAAUAUUUUCAUUUCCUGUUUCUUAAGGUUUUCUUCCCCAAAUUGGGAAAAAAAAACACAUUAAAGAACUCAUUUUUUCUGCCCCCAACUUAUUGGUUUCUACUCCGGUACCUCAGUGGAGCCAGAAGUUCACUGUCAUGUGUAAUUACCCAGGCUACCUGAAAAUCUUGUGGUUCUGUGAAAACAUCUGGGGAGGCAACUAUUGCAUAGCUUAUUUAAUAGCAUUUUAACUCUUGGUCUUUAACAUGAGUCUCUCUUUGCUUUUGGUUAAGGCACAUUUUACCCCAAACCCAUCCUCACUGUUGUAUAUGCUGCUUUAGUUCUAAAACAUUUCCACUAGCAGACAGAGCAGCAGACCUGAACACUGAUGAAGCUCUUUUAAAUGGAGGAUGUAAUCCAGGACUUCUUUAUCCCAUUAAGAGGCUCUGUUCCACAUUACUAAUGCCAAGCCCUGCAAUGCACUGCCAUUAUGCAACUGAUCUUGCUUCCAUUCUUUUAUCAACAAGUGUGCAAAAUUUAUACAAAAUGUGGUAUUUUGAUAACAUUAAGUAAAAUCAAGCAGAAAAUUCCUUUCAUAACACUUCUGUUGCAAAUAUAAAUUAAAAUGAUCUUUACCUUAUAAAAAUGUUACCAAUAUGCUUUUUUAAAAAAGUAUAGUUUAUUGUCAUGUCACAGUUUAUUCAUUUAAAUAUGUGCAUUAGCCAGGGGGGAUAAAAGGAAGACCCUCACUUUUAUUGGUAUAGUCUGAGUUUUUAAUCCUAGAGAGGAAUGAGGUGAAAAGUACAGAAGAUUGCAUCACUUAAAACACAAGGCAAAUAGUAUGUAAAAGACUCAUCUAAAUUCUUAAAUGCUAUCAAAAUACUAUAUUUGUAAAAGUAAUUCACACUUCUCUUAACAGCCAGGAUCUGCUGUUAAAUAGAAAAGAAACCCUAGUGGAUUUUAUAUUGUGCUUUUUUUUGUUGUUGUUGUUCUUAUCUGAACAAUAGUAUUUGUACAUUUUAAACAGCAGUAUUACUAUAAGCAGAGUGCUUCAAUAUGUGAAUUAACUUGUUAAAAUUGUGGCUGCUAACAUCUGUGUAAUGAUCAGUGUUUGGAUAUAUGCUCUAUAUUAGCAAAACAAUUCUUUGAACUUUGCUAGUGCAAAUUGAAAUUCUGUAAGCUGUGCUUCCUGUUGGAUAUCUAAUGAUAAACUACAGUCUAAAGUGUACAUAACAUACAGUAGUUCAGCAUUUAACAGGAUAACCAAGUUUGCAGAUUACCCAAAAUUCAAAGUUUAUUGGAUUUAAAAGGUAUACUGCAAGUAGCUAAAAUAGUGUAAUGUGUAUUAGUAAAAUAACUAGCAUUUCUUUAAAAAUAAAAAACAACUAAGUACUAAAUUGAGACACUAAACUUUUCAGUAAUUCUUUGUCCUUUGUGGUAAGUUGCUAUUUAUAUGUAACAAUGUUAUUGCUUAUGUGGCACACUAUUUAUAACUAUAUACUUUACAAAACUCGUAUUAAAAUGCAGUGGUAUGUGACAUUCUGUACAUAUCCUGUGAAAUGUGGCAUCUUCAUUAAAAAUACCUGUCUUUAC